AUGGAUGCUCUGCGCCAUCACGUCCCAAAGGAGAGUGGGUCGGCGGAGAAGUCGCUCGCCAGUCACACCGACAGAUUCGAACGUACUAUACGUAACGCUAGUGGUCAAUCGCAGAAGCGAUUCAUCGUGGCGUUCGAUGACUAUCUAGAGGGCGUAGUGCAACAAGCUAUUGACAUCACAUCCCUAGGCUUCGAUAUCCCAGAUGAAGUAAUUUCGCACCCGGAUAUGAUGUUCGCAUCCACUGACAUGAUCAUUCUCGCCAAUGACAUUACAUCCUACGAUCUAGAGCAAGCACGUGGAGAUUGCAGUCUAACGGUUAUCAUGCACAAGCUUGAUACGGAUGUCGAUGGCGCCAUGUUAUGGCCCUGGGUGGCGGAUCACCCUACAAAACUCGAGAAGAGGCCAUAG